CAGCAGUUUGAGCUCCUCCAGAAAGACAGACAGACUGUAGUUGCUCUGAAGUAUGACUGAAGCAGACUUAUACACGCUGUAUAAGGGUGUUUAUGUGCCGACAUGUCUGCAUCCUCCUCAGAGCCUGCAGUACUACGAAGAGUUCACCUUCCGUCCGGAUGAUAUCCUCAUUGUAACGUAUCCAAAGUCAGGUACAACUUGGAUGCAGGAGAUCGUCCCUCUGAUCAUGAGUGAAGGUGAUCCAGCCUCUGUUGAGACUCUUCCUAACUGGGACCGUGUUCCCUGGCUGGAGGAGCAGCGAGCUUGCAUCCUUAACCUUGAAGAGAGGCCAUCUCCACGCAUGUUUGCAACACACUUCCACAACAAUAUGAUGCCUCCAUCUUUCUUUAAAGUGAAGCCAAAGGUGAUAUAUGUCAUGAGGAACCCCAAAGAUGUAUUUACGUCUUCCUUUCACUAUCAUGGGAUGACCUCCUUCUUGGUGAAACCAGGCCCACAGAAUGAGUUCCUCCAAAAGUUCCUCAAUGGACAAGUUAUGUUUGGCUCCUGGUUUGACCAUGUAGAGGGCUGGCUGAAUGCUGAAAAUAAGGAGCAUAUACUCUACAUCUCAUAUGAAGAACUGAUAAUGGACCUGAAGGACUCUGUGGCCAGAAUCUCUCAGUUCUUGGAGAAAUCUCUGGACGUUGAGGUGAUAGACAAGAUAGCGGAGCGAUGUGUGUUCAAGAACAUGAAGCAGAACAACAUGUCCAACUACUCUACAGUUCCUCGUGAAUUCAUGGACCAGACAAAAUCUGAAUUCCUCAGGAAAGGAAUCAUUGGAGAUUGGAAAAAUCAGCUGACAGUAGCAGAAGCAGAACACUUUGAUGCUGUUUACAAAGAAAAAAUGAAAAAUGUCAAAUAUAAGUUUGUAUGGGAUUAAUAGAAGCUCGGUGAACAAGCUGAGUAUUAAUGUUUAGAAUUUAGAAACUUGCUGUGUAUGAUAUUUGCUUUACUCUAUAUACUAUACUGAUCUUACAAUGAGCAUUUUUUUUUUCAUCUGUUCAGUUCACAUUGGAAACGUUUAGUGCAACUCCUUAUGUAACUGGCUGACAUACUAACAAUAAUCUGAAAAUUGUCAUUAAAACAAACAGUAGCUGCUUUCUUAAAUAUAAUACGGAACAUAGUUUAUCUAACACUUUUGAUUACUACAUACGGCGCCCUCUAUAAUUAUUGGCAGCCCUGGUUAAGAUGUGUUGAAAACCUUAAAAUAUAUUCAAUUUUUAUUGCAGAAGCGUACUCGUACACAGAAAAUUUGUAUGUAUUAUAAGAGAAUAUUAGGUGCUGUUUUGUUGGCAAAAGGGGGUUGUACAAAGUCUUAACAUCAGUCGUGCUAAUAACUGUGACACACAUGUUUUGAUGUAAAAGAAUAAUUUCUUAAUGUGUGAUUUUUUUCCCCCACUGAAUAAAUGCACUUGAAUUAAAGGUUGGAGUUUCCUCUUCUUUCCAUUGUGGUCCUAUAUUAUUUAGAAAAAAAACUGAAUUUAUUAGAAGCUAAAGAACACAUCUUAACCAGGGGUGCCAAUAAUUAUGGAGGUAAUUAAUUCCAAAUGUCAUUUAACAGUUUUGAUGUCUUCAGUUUUAUCCUACUCUGUUGCAAAUAGUAAAAAUAAAGAAAAACUCUUCAGUGAGUGGAUGUGCCAGCUGGUACAGCAAUAGACGGGUGGAUACAUUGACAAAAUAAUUAACAUUUUCGAACAGUCCUUAACAGAUUUUUUGAACAAAUUAGUUUUUAAUGUGUUAAUUUACUGAUUUUCUGUAUUUUGUUUCAUUACAGAUAAAGUGUUUAUUUACAUAA